GUUUUGUAAUGGAUGGACUUGGCUUAGAAGCAAAGUUGUCCCUGUGGUCGAGUGGUCCUGAAACUUUAUCAUUGACAACUGAUCUAUUUUGCGAAGGAGUCCUGGAUUUCAUAAAUUGGUCACACUAUAAUUUGAACAGCUGACAAGAGAUUUAUUUCUAUUUCUGAUAUCGUCAACAAAAACAUGGAAUAGCCAACCUUAGACCACAUAAUCCAUUGAUUCAUCAACUUGUAUUUUUCAUGGAGAUGUGCUAAGUCUUAAAACAUGACGGUUUACAAUUUCUUCCCAGAUAUCAACCAGGAUUAUCAAAACCAUCGAUUUUGCGAUCUAGCCCUACGUGGGGCCUCUCCGCAGCCAGGCAAAGUGGUCCCCAUCCUCUGCCACAAAUUAGUGCUUUGCGCUUUCAUCCAUCCCUGGCGAGUGCUCAUCACCAACGAUACCGAGGAGGUCCUCUUGCCGGAUUUCGAGCACGCCCGUCUGAAGAAAUUUGUUGAUACUCUGUACGCUUCCCUCGCACUCACAGUUCAUUCCAUUGAAGACUUAGAUGAGGAGAUCUGCACCUUCUUGGGCAUCCAUCCAUGGAUAGCGGUAAAAAACAUCAAGACCGUGAACACGAGCCCAUCAUUAUGGCCUUUAUCCACCGAAGUCAGCGAUCCAUUAUCCAUGAAAGUGGACCCUGAUUUCGACAUCGAUGAAUUCCAGGAUGCCAUGGACAUCUUCAACCACGACCCAGUGCCAGACGAGGAGGAGUCAUACCCAUCGGAAGAUGACCUUGGUGAUGAUUCAAGUGCCGAGGGCUCACUGUCAUCCCACGAUCAGGACUACCGUCCUCAAAAGACAUCCCAGACCAACGGCAGAAAGCGAAAAUUGCCCGUGAAGCUCGAGAAAAAGGCUCGGGCCAAGAAGCGACUUCGCUUUCGAUCCCUACCCACCCAAUCUGAUCUCAUUCGAGCGGCCAAUCACACUCUGAUCCAAGAGCCCAAAGAUCCCCCAUCCCUGUUGGACUACCCCGGUACCUUGGACCUUCUGAAACACCACCAGACCUCGGGUUCGUUGCAUAUUGAUUUCACGACCUCACAUGUGAAUUUGCACUCGAGGGUGGGACGGGUGCGAUCCUUGACAGAGCGGAAGGAUGCCUUCUUUGCUCUCGUGGGCGUGAAACGGGAGCAUGGGAAAAUUUUGGGACGGUCCCUCACGUGGACCUCGGAGGAUCCCAAAGUGAUAGAGGCGUGUUUCCUGCCCACUCUGGAUGCUUUUCAGUCGGUGUUCGGCUUUCCCCGAGGAGAGCUCUUGCGUGCCAAAUGCUUCGUCACGUUUGCCCAGAUGAAGAACAAGAAACCCGUCAAAGAUGUGUUUUCCGAUUUGCAUAGUAAGUUCGUCCAUGAAUACACCCGAGAAGAUCUCCAGAAGGAAUUGACACGUGUGAUCAAUCUCAGCGCCUUUUCCGAAUCUACGCCCCAAAGAAAGAGACUGUAUUUCCCGAUGAGUGACUACGCCAUUCACAUGACGACGAACCUGACCGAAUUCGACGAUCUCGUUCUGGUGGGUGUGUACAAGCAUGGCGUGGAAUUGCGUAGCUUGAACGUCUUGGAUGAUUAUCUGGACUCCAUUGGACCCACCUGUUCUCGUCUUAUGACUCUGAUUUGGGUGGGCGGGAGCGAUCAACUCAAUUUCCCGGAUACGCCCCUUAUUCGUGAGAUGGCCAUUGAGAAUAUUCGUUUAAACUAUUCACGACAAAAGAUCCAAAGACUUCUAGCCACCAACGAGAUAUUUCCACGUUAUCUGCCCACCACCACUUGUCAAAUCUGUGGUAAGAUUUUCAACGAAAGCAAGGCCCUCACCAAGUUCAAUGAGCAUAUGAUGGUCCAUACGGUUGAAGACUUUCGUUGUGAUUGCAUCGGUCAUUUUAUCACCUACGCUCAAAAGAAGAAGCACUAUCUAACUGAACACUGUGAUCCAAUAACGAAGAAAGAAAAGCCCCUGAAAAAACAUAAACCCGUCAAAAGUCGAGUCCGGGCUAAGGAAAAAAGCGAGCCCAAAGAUCACAUCUGCGAACUUUGUGGGGAUAUCCUGGGUUCGGUGUCGGCUUUGGAGAACCAUCAUAACCAGAAACACUUGAAUAUCAAGCACAUUUGCGAGCUCUGCGGCAAAGACGUGUCCUCACAAGGAUCACUGCACCGACAUAUCAUGCGGAAACAUAUCCAUUGUCCACACUGUUCAGUGGAUUUCGCCUCGGCAACGGAUUUCAUUGCCCACUGGAAAAAGCUGCAUCCGAAUCUGGAAAUGAACCUGCCCAAGUCUUGGGGCUUUUGUCGUCAUUGCGAUGCCGUGUUCAAGACCAAGUACCAACUUGAUCGGCAUCUCAACGCUGUCCAUGGGACGGAUGAUGACCGACCGUUCAAGUGCGGCCCUUGCGGCAAAGCCUUCGUGAGUAAACCGAUAUUGAAGCAACAUGUACUUAAUUUGCACCUCAAGACGCGACCGUUUCUGUGCCGCAGUCCGGGAUGUGUCGCGAAUUUCAACCAUUUAGCCAAUUUGUACGCUCAUGAAAGGAAACUCCAUGGGCAGAAUUUUGGCCCUUCCAUGCCUUUGGAUGUGGCCAUCACGGAUGAGCACUUGUUGGAAUUAGCUUGUCGCUGGGAAACGGUCCCAUCCAAAAAGGCCAAGGCCCGCUCCUAGUGGGUGUGAUUGGGUGCAUAGUUGUCAAAUAGACCAAAAUGUUUGGGCAUUCCUACAAGAGUAAACUUUUUCAAAAGUUAAGCCAUGUGGAUGUUUAUGGCUUGGUUUUUUUUUCUUUUACAUUAUGAUUUAUUAAACUUUCAUCUUGAUGUGAAAUAAAAGAAUCACUCCCGGAAUAAAAUUUGGCCCUGUUUGAACAGUUCA